AUGGAGAAUAAUAACGAAACCAGCUCGGAAGAUCAACCGAUGCAUGGCAGUGAUGUGGAAAAAGAAUUGAAAGAGCGAAUUCAAGAUCUUGAACAACAUAUCAAGCAUCAAGAUGACCGAAUCACCAUCUUGGAAACGGCUUUAGCUCGAUUAUUGUCUUGCUUGUUAUAUCACGUUCUACUUGACUUAACCAGUCAGUUAUUAGGCAGUCUAAUGGAAAGAAAGAAGAAACACGCCAGCAAGAAACAUACAACAAGCAAGUUAGCAAAAAAGCAUGUCAGCAUUCGCAUUUAUCUACGUGGUCGUCCAGUUUUACUAUACGCUCCAAGUUCAACAUCUAUACCUAAAGAACCUAAGCCUAUUGAUGCUCCUUCUGAGGCCCUAUCGUUAGAAUGGGUCAGCUUUGGUUAUCGAGGCAGGGAUUCGCGCGACAAUAUCUAUUUGGUAGGCGACGAUAUCGUCUACUUCACUGCUGGAGUUGUUGUUUCUUAUAAUCCUUCCACUUCAACUCAACGUCAUUAUCUUGAACAUACAGAUGACAUUAAAAGCUUAGCUAUCCAUCCGGAUGGAGUUACCAUGGCAUCUGGACAGGUAGCAGGACAUGAGAAGAAUGCUGGCAAGCCACAUGUACGUAUCUGGGAUUCUAGUACCUUAAAGACUAUAGCUGUAAUUGGUGUGGGUGAAUUUGAUAGGGCUGUAGCUUGCGUAGCCUUUAGUAAGUCAAAUAAUGGAGAUCGUUUAGCUGUUGUGGACGAAUCUAAUGAUCACGUACUGUCCGUUUGGGAAUGGAGAAAGAAAAAGAAGCUUUUGGACACCAAGUCCCACGGUGAAUCAGUUUUUGCUGCAUCGUUCUUACCAAACGAUCAUGAUGGCAUUGUGACGUGUGGUAAAUCGCAUAUCUGUUUCUGGACCAUUGAUGAUGAUUUAAGAAUUUCAAAGAGAAUGGGAAUUUUUGAGAAACAUCCUAAACCGAAAGCAAUCCUUUGCCUGGCCUUCAAUGAAAAUAAUGAUGUUUUAUCUGGAGAUAGUAACGGCAAUAUUUUUGUAUGGGGUGCAGGUGGUAAUCGCAUAACUGAAGAGCUUAAAGACGCUCAUGAGGGCAACAUUUUUGAUUUGGUCGUAUUACCAAAUGGCGAGAUUGUAUCUGGUGGUGGUCGUGAUAGGAAACUAAAACUGUGGGACUCCUCAUUAAAAGCUAUUGAAGAUGCAGAGCCAGUUGAACUAUCUGAAGAAAUGGGCGCACCUAGGUGCAUAGCACCUAUUAAAUGCGAUGAUGGUAGAUCAUUCGUCGUCGGCACAGUUCGCAAUCAUCUAAUACGUUGCAAUAAUUUAUUCUCAAGUGAAAGCGAUAUAGAGUAUAUUAAUCAGGGUCACCAUGACGAGCUGUGGGGCGCUGGUAUAAAUGCUGCUGGAGAUAAAUUCGUUUCAUGUUCUUAUGAUAAAAUAAUUUACCUUUGGAACCUGGAAUCGCGCGAAGUUAUCUGGUCCAAAUCUAUUGAAGAAGGAGCUCAAUCAGCAACGUUUAACCCCAGUGGUGAUCUAAUUGCAAUUGGAACUAUUACUGGAAAAUGGUACGUCCUAUCGAGUGAAGAUGGAGAUAUUAAAGCCGAAUUCACCAGUGGACCCGAACAACUUGACGUUCUUCGAUAUUCUCCUGAUGGAAAAUAUAUUGCAGUUGCCUCGCAUGACAAUUACGUUUAUAUCUAUUCUGUUGCUGAUAACCCAUCGGAAUACAAAUUGGAAGGAAAAUGUUCAGGCCAUUCGAGCUUCAUCACUCAUAUUGAUUGGUCAAAAGAUAGCAAUUACUUGCAGAGUACAUCUGGUGACUAUGAACUGUUAUUCUGGGAAGCACCUUCGGGUUCCCAAGUAACUUCUGCCAUUGCUAUGAGAGAUGUUGAAUGGGAAACAGUUAGCUGUGUCCUUGGAUAUUCUGUUUGCGGUAUUUGGGCUGAAGGUUCUGAUGGUACUGAUGUCAACGCUGUUGCGAGGUCAUUUAACGGUAAUUUAUUAGCUACUGGUGACGAUUUUGGAAUGGUAAAUUUAUUCAAGUACCCAUGCAAUCAACCAAAGUCCUCAUGUAAUCAGUAUACUGGCCAUAGCUCUCACGUCACCAACGUAUUAUUUACUCCAAAUGAUGCAAGAUUGCUGUCUACCGGUGGUCGGGAUAACACCAUUUUAUUGUGGAAAGUUGAUAGUAGCAGUUCUUAAUGAUUUGUUUUACAGUCUUAAUAUAUGACGAUAGUUCCAAUAUCUAUAUACUACAAGUAUUUUAUCCAUUAUCUCAUUUGUUUUUGCUCAUGUUGUGCUGAACUGAGAUAGCAAAUCAUUUUAAUCUGAAAUAUUAUGCAGCUAUGCUUAUCCUCUAUUUUAUCUAGUAUUAUGAUUAUUCAUACUUCCAACAGUUUGUUAUCCUUAGUUCGUCCGCUAAUGUUAUCUGCCUUUUGGAAGUACAAAAUGUUUCGGCUGUCGCUCGAUAUCAUUAAUCCGGUCAAUUUGUAGCGUUAAUGAUUUGUGAU